AUGGAUAUAUAAUGUGCUAAACCGGCCAACCCUCUUGAAUACUACUGGUUCAGCCGAUACGGCCAUUUCUAACAUAUUUCUUUGUUGACUGAUGUUGGCUUUUCUAUCCUGAAGUUUCUCCGGUAAAACGGCUAUCUUUCCAUCUGUUCGUAGGGCAAAAUCGUCACAAAUUCUGCUUUUCAUUAUUUGUUUCUUUGUUCUCUCUACUCUGAUGCACUCGUUUCAGCUGGGUUUUUGCUUUCCCUCUCUGUUAGUGAGUAUAAGAGAGAUUAUUUGAUGGGUACAUCAUCAGGUUCAAAUAUAAACCAACAAUCUUCAUACAAGAUGCUACCUCCACGACAGCAACCACUAUCUGGAGGUCUACAAACAUCUCUAUCACUUGUGACUUUAGAUCCCAUGUUGUCCCCUGAUGGGCAAGAACCCAGAUCAAACUCAGACAAUGUUCGUGGGUCGCCAACUGAGAGUGCCAGCUCACGAGAAACUUGGCCUACUGCUGAUGCCUCCACUGCAAAGAAGAUGGAGAACAGGAAGACAGAGAUUGAUUGUCAUGAACAGUCAGUAAUCCGUCGUAUUUCAAGUGCAGACAAAAUUUCUCUUCGUGAUGUUGCAAGAGAAAGAGUUGAUUUAAUCUCUGAAAAGAUGCAUCCUCUACCUGAUGAGUUUUUAGAAGAGCUAAAGAAUGGGCUCAGGGCUAUUCUUGAAGGAAAUGGGGGUUCACAGCACAGGGAAGAAUUUUUGACUCUGCAAAAACUUGUUCAGAGUAGAACAGAUUUAACUGCUAAGACAUUGAUAAGAGCCCACCGUGUUCAGCUGGAAAUCCUUGUUGCAAUAAAUACUGGAAUUCAGGCAUUUCUGCAUCCAAAUAUUAGUCUGUCUCAAACUUCCCUAAUUGAGGUCUUUGUGUACAAAAGAUGCAGAAAUAUAGCAUGUCAAAACCAGCUUCCAGCUGAGGAUUGUACCUGUGAAAUAUGCACCAACAGAAAUGGUUUCUGCAAGCUUUGCAUGUGUGUGAUCUGUAACAAGUUUGACUUUGAAGUGAAUACCUGUCGUUGGAUUGGUUGUGAUUUGUGUUCUCAUUGGACUCACACAGAUUGUGCAAUCCGUGAUGGGCAAAUAUGUAUGGGCCCCUCUGUUAAGAGUGUAGCAGCUCCUACCGAGAUGCUUUUCAGCUGCCGGGCUUGCAACCGUACAUCCGAGCUACUAGGCUGGGUUAAAGAUGUAUUUCAACACUGUGCCCCAGCCUGGGACGGGGAGUCUCUAAUGAGGGAGCUUGAUUUUGUUAGUAGGAUCUUCCGUGGAAGUGAAGAUCCUAGAGGGAGGAAGCUCUCUUGGAAAUGUGAGGAUCUUAUUGAGAAAAUGAAAGGUGGAUUUGCAGAGUCUACAGCUUGCAGAGCAAUAUUGAUGUUUUUCCAAGAGCUUGAUAUUGACUCCCCAAAGAACCUGGAAAAUGGAGAAGGUGGGAGGCUGAUUGCCCCAGAAGAAGCAUGCAAUCGAAUUGCAGACGUUGUACAGGAGGCUAUAAGAAAGAUGGAAAUGGUGGCUAAUGAGAAGAUGAGGGUGUUUAAGAAAGCUCACAUGGCUCUCGAGGAUUGUGACAAGGAGCUGGAGGACAAGGCCAGGGAAGUGACUGAACUAAAGCAAGAGAGACAAAAGAAGAAGCUACAGAUAGAGGAGCUGGAGAGGAUUGUGAGGCUUAAACAGGCAGAGGCUGAUAUGUUCCAACUCAAAGCCAAUGAGGCAAAACGAGAGGCCGACAGGCUCCAGAGGAUUGCUCUUGCCAAGUCAGACAAAUCAGAGGAAGAAUAUGCUAGCUGUUAUCUGAAACUUCGGUUGAGUGAGGCGGAAGCUGAGAAGCAGUAUCUGUUUGAGAAGAUUAAGCUUCAGGAAAGUUCAUGUGCUUCACAGAGUGGUGCUGCAGUGACCCUUCACAGGUGAAUUACAAAAACCAAGAGCAUUUGCAAGGGUAAGGUUCCUGUCCGAAGACUGUUGAUCAGCUUAAUAGACUUUUACCCUCUUAGAAAAACUCACUGAGGAAUGCUUUUAAUUACGUUAUAUAAUUAGUUAGGUAUAUGAACUAGGAUCACUUUUUUUAAUAAACAAUUGUGAAUGAGAUGCUAUCCAGCUUCAUUUGAACCAAACUCCGUGGUGUCUUUAACAAGCUAGAGGAAUCGGUAAAAGUCCAUGGAACUUUUAGUGAUUCAUUAUGUAGUCAUCUACAAAAGAUGUUUAGAAGUGUUGUUGUAUUUUGUAAUUUAAGUGGAUGAAUUUACUCCCUGCGUGGCUUUCUGUUCUGA